GAUAUGCGAAACUUUAACUGGACUGUCACUUCGAUUCGAUCUCGUUAAUAAGAGGCAUGGGAGUCUUACCGAGGAGAAGCAUUUUGUGUACACUUUUCUUUAUUAUACUCCUGUCAGAGGGACAUUUUCGAUGGGUUGAGGCCCAGCACUGUGUGUGGCAUGGUGAGUGUGGGGAGUCCGAAAAGGUGCCCGGAAAAAACUACAACUGUAACUACACUGGUCCUCCACUCCCGCUACAGUCUGAGGGUUAUGACCUUCUCACGGAGCUUUGUCCUGGAUAUGACUAUGGAAACCGAAGCCUCUGCUGUGAUGUCCACCAGUUGCGCACUCUUAAAGGGAGUCUUCAGCUGCCCCUUCAGUUCCUGUCCCGGUGUCCUGCCUGUUUCUUCAAUCUGAUGAACCUCUUCUGUGAGCUGACAUGCAGCCCCCACCAGAGUCAGUUCAUGAAUGCCACCAAGGUCAAUGGGCCCAAUGUUAUAGAAGUGCAGUACUAUAUUGGACAGACAUUUUCAAAUGCCAUGUACAAUGCCUGUAAGGAUGUCCAGGCACCAUCCAGCAACGUGAAGGCCUUAUCGCUGCUUUGUGGGAAGGAUGCAAAGGACUGCAAUGCCACUAACUGGAUCCAGUAUAUGUUUGAUAUUAACAAUGGACAGACUCCCUUUCCUAUCAUCCCAACAUUCUCAGAUGUCCCGGUGUCUGGUUACACUCCCAUGAACAACAAGACAUAUGGCUGUACUGAGGGCCUGGAGGACGGUUCAGGUCCCUGCUCCUGUCAGGACUGCACACUAGCAUGUGGCCCCAAACCUGUGCCUCCUCCUCUCCCCCCUCCCUGGACAAUCCUCGGCAUGGAUGCCAUGACUGUCAUCAUGUGGAUCUCUUACAUGGCCUUCCUGCUUGUCUUUGUUGGAGCUGUACUGGGAGCUUGGUGUUACAGGAAACGAACCAUCAUGUCUGAGUAUGGCCCCAUAUUGGACAGCAAUAACCCACUUUCUCUCAACAGUGAUAAUCCUGACCAAGUAAAUGCAUCUUGCUGUGAAACACUGGGCGAACGCUUCGAGAAUUCUCUGCGGACCCUCUUCAGCUCCUGGGGUUCCUUCUGUGUGCAGCAUCCCUCUGUGGUCAUAUUUGGCAGCCUGAUACUGGUGGUCGCCUCCUCCGGGGGCCUGGUCUAUAUGCGCAUCACCACAGACCCUGUUGAGCUGUGGUCAGCUCCCACAAGCCAGGCUCGACAAGACAAGGACUAUUUUGAUAGCCACUUCGGACCCUUCUUUAGAACUGUGCAGCUCAUUAUAACCACUCCACUUAACAGCACUUUCAUCUACUCUCCAUACUUUGGAGGAUCAGAUGUCCCAUUUGGAGCCAUCCUGGACAAAGACAUCUUGCACCAGGUGCUGGAUCUGCAGCUUGACAUCGAAAGCCUUGUAGCCACAUACGAAGGCCAAAACGUCACCCUGAAGGAACUCUGCUUGGCUCCGCUGGCCCCGUAUAAUGACAAUUGUACCAUCUUGAGUGUCCUUAACUACUUCCAGAACAGCCACGAGGUGCUGGAUCACAGCAUAGGAGACGACUUCUUUGUCUAUGCUGACUAUCACAGCCACUUCCUCUACUGUGUCAGUGCACCAGCAUCCCUCAAUGACACCACUCUCCUCCAUGACCCCUGUUUGGGCACCUUUGGUGGCCCCGUCUUCCCUUGGUUGGCCAUGGGAGGUUACGAUGGAACCAACUACAACAAUGCCACUGCUCUAGUGAUCACCUUUCCACUCAACAACUACUUGAACGACUCCGUCUGGCUGGGAAAAGCUCGGGCAUGGGAGAAAGAGUUCAUCACAUUCAUGAAGAACUUCAAACACCCCAACCUGACCAUUGCCUUUAGUGCAGAGAGGAGUAUUGAAGAUGAAAUAGACAGAGAGAGCAACAGUGACAUCAGCACCAUAGUAAUCAGCUAUGCCAUUAUGUUCAUCUACAUCUCCCUGGCCCUGGGUCACAUCCACAGCUUCAGGAGAGUGCUGGUGGACUCAAAGAUUUCUCUGGGUAUAGCAGGUAUCCUGAUUGUGCUCAGCUCUGUGUCCUCCUCACUGGGGAUCUUCAGUUAUUUUGGUAUCCCCCUCACCCUCAUUGUGAUUGAAGUCAUUCCCUUCCUGGUGCUGGCUGUUGGAGUAGACAACAUCUUUAUUAUAGUACAGACAUAUCAGAGGGAUGAGCGGAUGCCCCACGAGGAACUUCACCAGCAGAUUGGUCGUAUUCUUGGAGACGUAGCCCCAAGCAUGUUCCUCUCCUCCUUCUCCGAGACAGUAGCCUUCUUCCUGGGAGCCCUGUCCACCAUGCCUGCAGUGAGGACAUUCUCUCUGUUUGCUGGCUUGGCUGUUUUUAUUGAUUUCCUGUUGCAGAUCAGCUGCUUUGUCAGCUUGCUCGGUCUGGACGCCAGAAGACAGGAGGGGAAUCGACUCGACAUUAUUUGCUGUGUGAAGCUGCCAGAAGGUCAGGAAACCAAGACGGACAGCUUCCUCUUCCGUUUUUUCAAGAAAGUCUACGCUCCAUUCAUCCUCAAAGAGUGGGUGAGACCGAUCAUAGUGGCCGUGUUUGUGGGAAUGCUGUCCUUCAGUAUUGCUGUGGUGAAUAAGGUAGAGAUUGGACUGGACCAGAAACUCUCCAUGCCCGAUGACUCGUACAUGUUGGACUACUUUAAGAACUUGACCGAGUAUCUCCACACUGGAGCUCCUGUGUACUUCGUGGUAAAGGAUGGUCUGAACUACAGCAGUCCAGAGGGCCAGAAUGCUGUGUGUGGAGGAGUGGGCUGCAACAACAACUCUCUAGUCCAGCAGGUCUACGCCGCCUCACUCAUCAGUAACUACACAACGAUUGGAUUCACACCAUCCUCUUGGCUUGAUGACUACUUUGACUGGGUGAAGCCUCAGUCCACAUGCUGUCGAUACUACAACACCACUGGAGCCUUCUGCAAUGCCUCGGUCGUAAAUACCUCGUGUGUCCACUGUCGGCCCAUGACUCCCAGUGGGAAGCAGAGGCCGGUGGGAGACGACUUCAUGCGGUUUCUGCCCAUGUUCCUGUCAGACAAUCCUAACGUCAAGUGUGGAAAAGGCGGUCACGCAGCCUACGCCACAGCCGUCGACCUUUAUCCCGACAACACGGGGGUUGGAGCCACGUACUUCAUGACUUACCACACCAUGCUCAAAGACUCCAAAGACUUCAUAGAUGCUUUAAAAAUGGCCCAAAUCCUAGCUGAGAAUAUCACUCAUUCCAUGAACCAUGAAGUUUUUGCCUACAGCGUCUUCUAUGUGUUUUACGAGCAGUACCUCACCAUUGCGCACGACACGGCUUUGAACCUGAGCGUGUCUCUGGCGUCCAUAUUUGUGGUGACGACGGUGCUGUUGGGCUUCGAGCUGUGGUCGGCUGUGCUUGUCAGCGCCACCAUCGCCAUGAUCCUGGUCAACAUGUUCGGCGUCAUGUGGCUGUGGAGCAUCAGCCUCAACGCUGUGUCCCUGGUGAACCUGGUCAUGAGCUGCGGCAUCUCAGUGGAGUUCUGCAGUCAUAUCGUGCGAGCUUUUUCCAUCAGCGUGAAGAAGAACAGAGUGGAGCGGGCCGAGGAGGCGCUGGCUCACAUGGGCAGCUCUGUUUUCAGUGGGAUCACGUUGACAAAGUUCGGAGGCAUCCUAAUCCUGGCGCUUUCCAAGUCCCAGAUCUUCCAGGUCUUCUACUUUAGGAUGUACUUGGCCAUCGUGUUGCUGGGGGCCACGCACGGCCUCGUCUUCCUCCCUGUACUGCUCAGUUAUAUCGGUCCCUCUGCAAACAAAGCAAAGGUGUUUGCUGCUAACAAGCGCUUUGCUGGUACAGAAAGGGAGCGUCUCCUCAACUACUAGAGGGCCAGCUGGGACAAUGAACAAUGAACUAACUAUUUGCCUGGGAGAGACUGUGUGGGUGUGAGCGCAAGCCAUUUCUGUGAUUACUGACACACUCAUCAUCAUCGCCACUAGUAUGCACGGAUUUAACUCAGGAAUAUAGAUGGGAAUGGGAGUGCCAACUGCAUACGUAUUGAUUUUCCUCAGAAGACUUUGGACUCCCACCCUUCCUCCUCCUUCUCCGCAUCACACUACAGGACUUGUAGUGCCUGACUUCAGUAUGUGAAGUGUAGGAGAGACGCCACCCCUGACAUCAGUGGACAGAAACACUCUCCGUCAGUUCCAUAUGCUAUGAGCUGGUUUGAUUUGGGAAAACUCAAAAGGGUAAAACUGGUCAGUCUUUUCUUUUUUUUUUUAAAGAUAUAUACCAGGAAAAAAAGCAAUGUGGGAAAAGACAUUUUUUGCCAACGUUUACUUAAGUGGGACUUUUGUAGAAUUAUUUGAUAUUAUGAAUCAGUUAUUGACUGCCACACUGCACACACUAACGCUAACAGAUGACAAUAAUGUAUCAUAGUCCCUCAUGUUACCUGGCAUUAACACGUAUCACAUCCGGGGCUGUGUUGACACACUGUAUGAUAUAGCAGGCUAGGUAGUUGUAGCAUUUUCACCUAGUAUGUGUCUCCUGUGCUGCUCGUAAGUAUUUGUCAGUAAUGUUUUGACUCCAGCGAACUGGCUUUGUAAUGAACUCUCAGUUUAAAGAGGUUUUGGCCGUCUUCACAUCCAUCUUCGGGGAGCAGUGCAGCCCCCUUUACACUUUACAGAAAGAAAAAGGCAACAGUUUUCACAUGGAUGUGGAUACAUGUAAACACCCUCAAAGCUUAAACCUUGUAGGCGUUUCAUGUAAAAGUCAGAGAACUGGAAUAUGGAGCCAAAACAAAACGGUGCAAGUGCUUGUGCACGCUGCGCCUGAAGUGUUGCCCUUUGCCCUCCAAGCUGCAUCCUGCCUGGUCUUUUAUUUCCACACUCGUAGCUCUUUACAUGAGCCGGUGCAACAUUUCAUUUUAGAGCUUGUUAAUGUAUCUGAAGUGUCCUUUUGAAGUGUUUGCACGACUGGAUUGCUGUCCUCCCGGGACACUUCUACAAAUGGUCAGGAUGCAUGUUAAUGCCAGGUGGAAAGGGUGCUAUAAUGCUAAUAAUGGUUUUACAUUGAAGUGGAAAUGAGACGCAGUUCAGUUACUGAACAAAACGUUUGUCGCAUCAAGAAGUAAAGAGACAAGACUUACAUUUAACUGUAAAUAGCUUACACAGGACUAAUUUAGACUAAUUCAUUUGUCUUCUAGAGUAUGUUGACACAGACUACUGUAGAAUGAUUGGAUAAUGGUACAGUCCUGAGUUUUUCAUUCCUACACAUAUAAGUUAUUAUUUUUUAUUAUUAUUAUUAUUAACUAUUAGUUGUUACCAUGCUACAAUUGCUGUCUUAUUAAAUCCCUUGAGGUCAUCCAGAGGAAUCACUUUCUUUUAAAGGAAAAACAACAUUGUGUAGAUGGUUUAAAAAAGUAACUUCACAUCCCAGGACUGUAUUCACUUGCAUUAACCGUACCUCAGAUGGAGAUGAUGGCUCAUCAAGGUGGCGCGCUCCUACUAGUUAAUUUGGAUAGAGUUGUGACAUCACUGGAAGAGGAUGUUAUGAUUUUCUCUCAUUUGUGAUUUUCUGACUCUUUUUUUUUCCCCAUGAUGCAGUAUAUGUGUUUUUUUGGACUGUAAGAUAGAAUUGUGUCGAUGAAAAGCGUACACCUGGAUGUAGAAAACAAUGUUUAUGAGCGACCAAAGAAUUGUGCUUGUUAACAGUGCUGUGCAUUGACAUGGACAAAUCAUCUAACAUUGAAGAAUAUGAUUGUGGUAACAGAGAGGAAACCAAGCAUUUUAACUAUUUUAACACAUAUUAAAUAGUUCUCAGAAAAGUAUGCAGAGGAGCCUGCUUCUUCUUGCAUUAAGGAUAUAUCUCUAUGAAUUCAUUUAGUUGUUUUUGCAGAUGUGCAUUUGAUUUUAAUAUGAUGUAAUAUAACCUGAGUUUGAAUGAGAUAAAAGCCACUGUAAAACGUCCUUACUUUUACACUGAAGAAGACUUUUUGGAACAAAUUCUUAAGUAGUCUGUUUCUUGUGAGGUUAACAUAACUGCAGCAGAUGCCUCUGCAUCUCAAACCACACACACGGCUGCGAUUGUUCAGACCGACCACAAGGUGGCGCCUGGAUCCAUUCGAGCUCUGUCUGGAUCAUGCUCUCAGUGAUGGAGUGGGAGUGACCUAAUUUUUAUGUCUUGAAGAGAAGCAGUGUUGCCAUGCUCUUACACAGUCAGUAAAUUCAAUUUCAGCAGCGUGCAAGAAGUCAACAGAGCAUAUUGACCAAAGCAUCUGAAUGGAGCUGGUUGUUCAACAUGGUAAUGUGCAGCUUUCA